GAUAUUUCACUGUUUUCCAGUUAGUUUUCAACAACAGUUUUCUCUCUUCCUUUUUAUCCCCUCCCCCCAUUCUUUUCUUUUUCUAUAUAAACCGCCUUGCUUCUUAUUUUCUCCGCUCAUCUCCUUGCCAUUUCCCUGUUCUCCCAGAGUUUAUUUGGUUUUUGGGUUCUCUUCCUUUUUAUCUUUUCUUUUCUUUCAAUAGACAAUGGAUGUUCUGCAUUUCUUGUUUGGUGUUUUUGGAAAUGCCACUGCUUUGUUCCUUUUCUUGUCUCCAACGAUUACAUUUAAGAGGAUCAUAAGAAGUAAGUCUACAGAGCAGUUCUCUGGAAUACCCUAUGUGAUGACCUUGCUCAACUGUCUCCUCUCUGCUUGGUAUGGCCUUCCCUUUGUAUCUAAAAACAACCUUCUGGUUUCAACAAUCAAUGGGACAGGUGCAGCAAUUGAGUCUAUUUAUGUGUUGAUCUUCAUCAUCUAUGCACCAAAGAAAGAGAAGGCUAAAAUUCUUGGACUCUUCACUUCUGUACUCACUGUUUUCUCUGCUGUGGCCCUUAUCUCCCUCUUUGGCCUGCAUGGUAAUGGCAGAAAGCUCUUUUGCGGCCUUGCAGCUACCAUUUUCUCUAUUAUCAUGUAUGCCUCACCUCUUUCAAUCAUGAGGCUGGUGAUCAAGAGUAAGAGUGUGGAGUUCAUGCCAUUUUUCUUGUCCUUAUUUGUAUUCCUCUGUGGAACUUCAUGGUUUGUCUAUGGCCUUCUCGGUCGUGAUGCUUUUGUUGCUAUCCCCAAUGGUUUUGGGUGUGGCCUGGGAGCCAUGCAGCUUAUCCUUUACGUCAUCUUCCGCAACAACAAGAGCUCUGCGGAAACAAAGAAGCCAACUGCUAAUGGAACAGUUGAGAUUGGACCUGAGAAACCCCACCAAGAGAAGCAAGCAAAUGGCAAAGCUCCUCAAGAUGAACAAGUUUAAUCGCUCACUUUCUGAGGAUUUGGGCAAGCCCUGAACUGCCCCACAAUGUUAAAAGUCUUUGUUUCAAAUCUUCACUUUCUUAAAUCUUCUCAUCCUUUAGUUUUGCACCCUCUCUAAUGAAAAAGCUAGAGUAGAUCAAAGAAUGAUUGCAUAAAAAUAAAAGAAACGAUGGUUAAAACUAAAAAGUGAGAUUUCUAUGUUGUAUAUCUUUGUCUGGUUGUGGCCAUUGGACUGUCAAAAUUGACAAAUUCCAUAAUUGUAAUGGAUUGCAACAACAAUUUGAAGCUGCGAAGAAAUAUAUGACUAUGGGGAUAGCCUAUAAUCUCCUUGAUGUAACAAGGUUAAUUUUGUGCUCUAAAACUGUUCGUUUCUUAGUGAGAAAUUUUUAUCGAAAAAUA